ACUCUUCAUCUGUUCGUGUGUCACUGUCAGUGUGACACACAUAUUAUUAACUUUGUAUGAAGUUGGCUUGAAGCAUGAAUUGAAAUUGAAAACUUUGUGCCUGAAACAACAAAUGUAAACAAAUAAUCUUGCACCUAGCGAUAACUUUUCAAUUGUAAUUAAUUCACAUUACUUAAUAUUAACCAAGUGGAAAAAGAACAGUUAACGGGUGGUACAAACAGCACAAAAAUUACAACAACAUAAGAUGGUUCGAUUCAAAAACAGAUACAUUACUGUAGAAAUAGCAGCUCCUGAUAUUCCAAAUUCAAAACCACUGUCGUUGAAAUCUAAAAUAUUUCAUGAUACAGUAGCAAGCAAAGUACAACAGCUACAUGGUGACUUUGGGAGUGCAGCUGUGCGGACAGGUUUCUUAACCAAAUAUUGCAAUGAAAACACAAGAAUAGCUAUUAUACGAGUAAGACAUGGACCACAUCACUUUGUCACCAGUAGUUUACCCUUUGUUUCUAAAAUAGGGAAAUUAGAUGCAAGACUAAAAACACUUCACGUAGGAGCUACAUUGAAGCACAGUUUUAAAUUCAUACAGAAACAUCAAAGGAUGUAUCUAGAUAAAAUGUGGGCAAAACUAAAAACAGAUGAAGAGAGGAGAAUGAUGGAAGCAGCUGUGAUGGAUUUUACAAAGACAGAUGUCACAAUAAACAUUGAGAAUAUUUCAUAAAUUGUUGUUUUAUUA